AUGGCAACAAUGAGGAAUAUGAUCUUGAUCCUUGCAUUCCAAAUUAUUCAAUACACAACAAGUCAACCAAUUGCGACAGAUACGGCAAACAGUUUGAUCCCUGAACCAGCGUCCACCUCCUCUACAACCUACGAAUGUCUCUUCAUUGAUCCGAAUCUACCGAUAUGCGAUCCAAAGUUAUUGUCGGACUCAAAAGAAGAUUUAAGCGAUCAACACGCUUCUGAUACGAUGCAACGCUCGAGAAGAAACAUUGAUCUUUCUACGAAGGAUGUAAUUGUUUAUACUAUAGAGGGUUGUUUGCCACCUAAAAUGCCCAUCUCGAUGCCAUCAUGUGACGGAAUUUCCUUCUCCCGGAUAAUAGAUGUUCAGAAGUUCCGUCCCUUCAUUAUCACGAAAAUGUCAAAGCCACCCUUCGUUUUCCCAACAAUCGAUUACUCUCAGUGGUCGCGCAUGAUCAAAAAAAUAAAAGAUCGAUCAUCCAAAGUAUAAGGUAACUAAGAUAUAAGGUAUCUGCAAUCAAUUAAUUAAUAAAUAUUCUUCGUAAUGCUUGCUCUUUUAUUACACUCAACAAUUCAUACGUCCAUAAUUUUCUGAAAGUAAUGAAAUUGAUCGUCCUCAGGAAUAAAAUCAGAGCAUCGAAACUUCUGAAGAAGAACUCGAUCGAAUGUAAUUAAGAUUAGUGAGCGAUAAUAACCAUAGAGAGUACUGGAUCCAGGGGGAAGAGAAACGAUAUCCUGUUGAAGAUCCUACACCUUGGCGAUUCGUAUAAAUGCAAUAAAAUCGCGUACCGAGGAAUUCUAUUGGAUCGUUAACAUGCGCUGGAACGACGUGCUAUAUAUACGUCCAAAGUUCCAAUUAUAUAUUUUUUAUUACUUGUAAUUGUAUUUAAACAUAAGCCAGGCAAUGCAAAUAAUAAAUUUAUUACUUAUUAUCCUUAGUAAUUAACUCUCAAUUUUAUUUCAAAUAGAAAGCUUUGAAAUGAAAAUCUUUAUAAUAAACUUUUAAUUUUAUUUUAAAUGGAGAGCGACAAUAAACUUAGUGGUAUCAUUCAGACGAGUUCAGAAAGAUAG